UUCGAAAUAUGACGCGUGUCUUGAAGCUGGUGUUUCUUACUCUAGUUUUACAAGGGACGCCGAAUUACGCUGAAUUUAUCAAAGAGGAAGCUCCUCCUUUUAUCUGCAUCGAUGGAAGCGAGAUAUCACUGACAAACGUGUGCGACGGUCUGCCUCACUGCGCGGAUUCUUCGGACGAGACGACUAAACUGUGUCACCAUGUCGUGUGUCCGGUCGCAACAUUCAGAUGUGCAUACGGAGCGUGCAUAGCCCGCAGUGGACGAUGCAACGGAUUCGUGGAUUGUGUGGAUGGAAGUGACGAAUUGUAUUGCGACGAUGAUUCGGAUUGCAGGGAUCAGAAAUUCCGCUGUCCCACGUCGUCGGAGUGCAUUUCGUCCGCUCAUGUUUGCGAUGGGAUCCAGGAUUGCGCGGGCGGAGGCGACGAGAACGCGGAAAUCUGCAGAGACUACGUCUGCCCGGAGCACGCAUUCCAGUGCUCUUACGGCGGCUGCGUGCACCAGGAGGUCGUCUGCGACGGGAUCAAGGACUGCAUCGACGCUACGGACGAAACCGAGAGCAUGUGCGCCGCGGCAAACUGCAAGGCCGAAGAUUGCGAAAGAUACGCUUGCGGGUAUGACGAGUUCAGCUGCGAAAAUGUACGCCAGUGCAUCCCGCUGAGCAGACUGUGCGACGGUACGCACCAGUGCAGAGACGCGUCGGACGAAAAGAGCGAAACGUGCAAGAGUAGAAGCUGUCCCGAGGGCCACUUCCGCUGCGAGUACGGCGCUUGCGUGCCGGAGAGCUCGAGGUGCAACGGGCAAGCCAACUGCCACGACUGGAGCGACGAGGAUGAGAAGACCUGCGGCGUGGCGGCCCUGCCGGCGGGGGCCUGUCGCCUGCCGGCCGCGACGCCCGGAACGCACUACGCCGUCAAGGGAAACUGCGAGCGGUGCCGACCCGGGCACGCGGUGCCCGAGUUCACCAGACUCGACUACGGCUGCCACGGGAACGCGAGUCAGCUCGAGGGCCCGAGCAGUGUGCACUGCCAGGCCAAUCGCUGGCUGCCUGCCUUGCCGGUCUGCCUCAACGCCGACGACUCGAUCAGAUGUCCAGUGGUGGUCGCGCCCGGCGCGAUCAAGCGCUGCGAGGUAAUGUGGGGCCCCGAGGUCGGCUGGACUUCCUGCGAGCAGGCGACUCCGAUCGGCACGAGGCUCGCGAUGGACUGCCGCGAGUUCUACCAACGCGAGCGCGGCUCGUCGCACAUCACUUGCCUGCACGACGGCACCUGGAGCCAGGCUCCCCUGAGCUGCAGGCCCGUCUGCGGAGUCGGAUCCUCGAGUUCCACCGCGUUGAUCGUGAGGGGAUGGGAGGCAUCGGACGCAGAGCUCUUUCCGUGGCACGCGACGCUCUUUUCCCACGAGAACGGAUCGUGGAACUUUUUCUGCGGGGGGACUUUGAUCGCCGAAAGCGUCGUCCUCACCGCUGGCCAUUGCGUUUGGAAGACCGACCCCAGUACCGUCAGGGUGGUACUGGCGAGCAGGUCGAGCGACUUCGCAAACCGAUCCGAGCAGAGUCAAGUGCGGGACGUAGAAAGAAUCGAGCUUCAAGAUUCCUACCACGACCACGAAGGCAAUUACGGCUCCGAUUUGGCACUGCUGAUCUUGAAGGAGCCAGCCUCGAUCAACGCUCGCGUACUGCCUGCCUGCGUUGAUUGGUCCAACGAGUACGAUAUCAAUCGGAGAGCCGGGGAGAUCGGUUUCAUAUCGGGUAUGGGAGUAACCGAAAACGACACGUUCAGCGCAACCCUGCGCUUGGUGUCGGCCCAGGUGGUAGGCGACUCCGAGUGUCGCGCCAGGGAGACGCGGGACUUCCGCAAAUACUUGACGUACACUUCGUUCUGCGCUGGCUGGGCAAACGGUACCGGAGUCUGCAACGGCGAUAGCGGCGGUGGCUUUCUACUCCGGCGACCCAAUUCCUCCCUAUGGGACGUUCACGGCAUCGUCUCGCUAAGUCCACGGAGACUCGGCGCCAAUUUCUGCGACCCCAAUUACUACACCGUUUUCACCAGAGUGUCAGCAUACGUGGACUGGAUAAAAGAUAUAGUACGGUCUAUUUCAGUAAGUGAAGCAAGCAAAUUUCAUGCUAGUUUCUUUCCAAACACGGAUAACGUCGAAUUCGAUUAAACGUUAAUAUAAAACAAGAACAAUAUUAAUAAAUUAAAUUUUAAGCAAACAUGA